UUCGUUGCCCCUUGGAGUCCAAUAAAUGAAGUCCAAUUAAUGAAAAUAACAUGCUCAUAUUUAUUGUGCUUGGACAUUUUUUUAUUAUUUCAGGAUGCUUUUCACAAGAUGAAUACGGUAUUCUAAGCAGAUUUAUCUCGACAUGUUUUGUUCUCCGAGUUAAAAAUGAACGACUUAGUGAAAAUUAAAUGGCGGCAAUAUCCGAACAACAGAAGUUACACACUUGUGAAACUAAUCCAUUUGAUCCUGAUAUCUUCCAUCAGACUGAAUGAUGUGUCCAGGAGGUGCCUCUGUGAAGAUAUGUGAUGGCCAAUAACCCACUGUUUUCCUGCAUCAAACCAGGCAAGCGCUUUACUUAUAACUUGGAAGCAAGUAAAGAAAGUCCUCCGCCUGGCAAAUAUAGACCUCUACAGUCUAGAAAUGUAAGCAUGCAGGAGGCAAACAUCAAGUCUCCAAAAGCAAAGAGGAGAAGAACGGAAGAGGAAGAAGAGCAAUGGGAUGAUGAUGAUGAUGAUUUUAUGUUGACACAGGAAAAUAUUGCAGAGUUGGAUGAAAUGACACAGGCUGCCAUCAGAGGACAGAAGAGCCUGGGUGUGUCUGAUCCUGGUCCCUCGACCACCCCGCUGUCACGGAGCGAGGGUGUGAAAGCUCAGUCGGCUCCUGCCUACAACACUUCCACCCCCACCAGCAGGGUCACAUUUAAGCACCCUGUGGGUCCCGGUGUGUCAGAUAUCUCUCUGUCUAGACCCUCUGACUCAAGUUCUUCCAAAAACUCCAGCAACACAACCUACCCUAGUUCCUUGUCCAUUGGUAGAAGGUCCACCAGUUUAUCUUCACAUGACAACUCCUCAAAAUCAGCUGGGUCUGAGGAGAUUCCUUUUCAGCCAAUUAAAAGGAAACCCUCCCUGUCCUCAACUAACAGCUCCUCCAUGUCCUCAGAGAGUCUUGGGAUAAAGAGUCCUAUUUCUGAGGGCAUGCGGGAGGAGCUAGAGACGUACAGGAAACAGUGCCAGUCACAGAAGGAGGAGAUGGAAUCAAUAAAACAAGAGCUGUAUGUAAAACAAGGCGAGAAUAAAAUUCUCAGGGAAAAGCUAACAGAGAAGGACUCGGAACUCGGUGCUAUCAAGCAGCAGAAAAUGAAGCUCACAGAGCAGCAGAUGAAGGAGCAGUCACAGAAAGAGAAGCAGCUAAAACAGAGGAUUCAGAGUCUAAACGCACAGCUGCAGUUCCAAGAGAGAGACCUUGCUAAGAUGCGGGACAAAUGUCGAGAUUUAGAAUUGGCCAUGACUGCGGCGGGGGAUUCCCAGGUGGCGGGGACAUCCUCCUCUCACCAAAGUCCCCGUGUGGUGAAGAAGAUUGUGGUGUCACCUAAAGGCAGGCGUGGGGGAUUCCCCAGCACCAAGACCUUCUUGGCCGAGGAAGGCUCCCAGCUCGUACCCGCCCAGCAGGGUGAAAAGGGGGAGGUCCAGAUGGUAGAUGCUGCAACAAGUGCUAAUAUCACAGAGGAAGCUAAGAAAAUAUAUAAAAGUAGGAAUUUUCGACUGAAAGUUGAGCCUUCUAAAGGCAUGAUUUGUGGUAACCAUUUACUGUCCAAGCUAUCGGAGACCAGCGUACACGGAUGUGGACCGGGCAGCGGCCCAGACAAGGGGGUGAUGGGAUUGCUACAGAGUAACCCUGUGUCCAUGGACCUCCACACCUUUCUGUUUGACAGGGAUAGCUCCAAGAUGCUCUCACCCAUUCCAACCAAAAGAAUGUCAGACAAAAAAUUAACAGCAGACAGACCAAGGCCCAGACCCAUAGUGUCGACUAGCAGCUACGCCCGAGCCAUGGAGGGACUUCACAGUAUUCUGAAGGAUACUUUAGUGAAAGUAUCCCACACCUGCACCUUUAGUGACCAAUCAACAAGCUUGUUACAAACUACUCAUGAGACCUCGGUGAGCCAUAAUGGCCUGUUUUUUUUACCCUUAGUAAAUGACUACCUAUCUCAUUACAUUGAGAUGAUGAACAGUUAUGUAGAAAGAGGACAGACACUCCUCAGUCCUCAGAGCUCCUCAUCCUCCUCAUUUGGACCGUCUAGCUCUGGGGAUAGUUCCAUGGAUUCUUUGACCAGUUCCCUGAAUGUUCUGUUACGGGAUGGAGCAGCAUACGCCAACAAUCUAGAGUCGUUAGCCCUGUGUGCUCUCCAUGUUUUAUAUAAACUGGUUCUCUUCUGCGAGGCUGUGCAGGACAUUCUGCUCGCCUCCGAUGACGUGCUCUCAGACUCCAGCGUCUCCAGCUUUGAGAAGGUGGAUGAGAUGGAUACGGAUCAUCCCUCGUCCUCCUUGAACUCCACAACCAGUAGCCAUGGCAGCAUGGACAGUGUGCGACAGAGUCUGAUGGACUGUCACCUGCUCAGCAAAAUCCUCCGACUGGCCAACCCUGGCAGAGCAAGCAGUGAUGGGGAGGGACCAAAAAAAUUCAAUGAAUGGGUUGUUCACAGAGCAUUGAGCAUCAUCAAAGUACUUGCAGAGAAUUGUAAAGAGACUCAGAUUACUCAACUCCUCCCGGUCCUGAGUAAGGGGGUGUUGUCCAGCUGUCUGCGGUGUACCUCAACCCCCCGGCUCGUCUUGACCGCUGUACAGGUCAUGAGUUCACUGACCAAGCACCACAGAGCUGUGUCCUCAGCCUGUUGCUGCCCAGAUCACUGUGUGUUUCUGUCCCUUUACCAGCUGUGUUCAACAUCUUCCACAUCUGUGUUUCCAGAGGAGGUCUUUGUAGACUUUGCUGCAAAUGCUCUGACAUGUUUAUCCAAUGUACCAAGCAAUAGUAAACUGGGAUCUUCUGUUCUGCUGGACACAGAAUGUAACACACAGCUGCAGAAAUCAGUUGUGCUUCUUCUCCACAAAAUAUUGUUGUUCUACCAAACAAAUCAAUCUGCAGAGGCACGAAGGGUUCUCCAGAGAGGGGCCUUGUUUCUUCACAACCUGAGUCAGGUAGACGGUCAGUUUGAGGAGCGGCAGUAUAUGGUACAGCACCAGUACACAGAGCUCAUCUUUGGACUCAAUGCACUCUUUAAGCCAGCAGCAUACGAAAACGAAAGAAAUGCUGUUACAGAGUUGUGGUACUUGGGAAGAGAAGACUCGGACUCCUCACAAGAAGACGAGGAGGAGAUGGAGAUCAGCUGAUAGUGGCCAGUGUUAGUGUACGCCAUCAGUAAUUAAAAAGCAGUUGAACAAUUAAAUUAUUGAUUACACAUUACAGAUUCUUGUUAAUACUCUAUUCUAGUGGGAGAUGGACCCAUGGACAAAAUAUACUAUUCUGACUAAAAACUACAACACUAAUGUUAAAUUUUCUCUGAACAUUAAUUUAAUUUCCUCAGAACUUUGAUCAAAUCAGUCUUCUCUUUAUAUAUGUAGCUGGUGUUUUAAUCAAACUUAUGUAUCUAUAUCCUGUUUUGUAAAAAAAAAAUGAAUUGUGUCAGUUAUGAAUGACAAAGUAGGAUUAUUUUGUUUUGUUGAAGUAUAUGAAACUGUUUGUUGAAAUAAAUACCUGGAAUAAGGAG